AUGCUGAUUCAAAUGCCGACCAAAGCAGUCUUCUGGGACGAUGGGGACAGCGAGAGCGACUUCUUUUCCACUACAGGCGAACUGGUUGAGUCGCAACCCGAGACGCGACCACGACAUCAGGGCAUGUACGACUGUGAGUUCUGCCCUUACACCACUCCUUAUCAAAACGAUGUCACCAGGCACAAAAGGACGCACACAGGGGAGAAGCCUUUCCGCUGCUCUGUCUGCGAGAGAGUGUUUGCUGUAAAUUGCAACUUACGGCUUCACAUGAGGACUCACACGGGAGAGAAGCCAUUCCGCUGCUUUGUGUGCGAGAGAGCGUUUGCUGUAAUCGGUACCUUACAGACUCACAUGAGGACUCACACGGGGGAGAAACCGUUUCGCUGUGAGGUUUGCCAGAAGACAUUUGGAAAGAAAGAUCACCUGGUUACUCACAAAAGAGUCCAUACGGGGGAGAAACCAUAUCAGUGUGGCAUCUGUGAGAAAACAUUUUCUGCUCAAUCAAACUUCUUGAGUCAUAAACGAACCCACAGUGGGGAGCGGCCUUACAAGUGUGAAGCAUGUGGGCAAGUGUUUGGCACAAAAACCCAUUUAAGUAGGCAUAGAAAAAGAAUGCACAAGUGAGGAAUCGGAGCCAUGGAAUUUCUGGAGGUCAUUCAUGUGGAAGAGUUUUCAUGUUUUACCGUGUGUUUCACUGUUUGUGUGUUGAAAUUUGUUCACCUGAGGUUGAGAAACAUGGAUAUUCAUCAGUUAACGUUAUCUACUGCAGUAGGCAACAGCUGCAGUACUGCUUAGUAGCAUUU